AUGGUACGACAAGCGAGCUCCCUUUUCCGCGAAAAUGCAAAUAAUCACCACCAUGGCACACUAGCCGAAGAGAGUCUGGCAAGCCUUUUCUUUUCUUUUUCUCCUGACGCCCCGCCACCAUGUCAUAAAAUGUCCGAGGAUCUUGCUUUCACGGAGCAUGGACCAGCAAGCAUUGCGUUUGGGCCCCGGGGCUGGCAAUUUCAAAUCAUCAACAAGAAGAAAUCAAGUUAUCCCGCGCCUGAGUUCUCCUUGACCUCUUGGCUUGAUCCCGCCGCCAAAGUGACAAAGGCCAGCGACAGGCAGCGGGAGAUCAUCAUUUAG